UAGAGCAUACACUCCUUGUAGCCAAACUCAUUCGGUUGACAUUUAUCAACAACAUGGCUGAACGUGGUGGAGAUCGUGGUGGUUUUGGCAGUGGUUUUGGUGGUCGUGGUGGUGACAGAGGUGGUCGUGGUGGACGUGGUGACAGAGGUCGUGGUGGUCGUCGUAGAGCUGGAGGAAGACGCGAAGAAGAAGAGAAAUGGGUUCCAGUGACCAAGCUAGGUCGUCUCGUGAAGGAAGGUAAGAUCCGAAGCCUUGAACAGAUCUAUCUUCAUUCUCUCCCAAUCAAGGAGCACCAAAUCAUUGAUACCCUCGUGGGUCCCACUCUCAAGGAUGAGGUGAUGAAGAUCAUGCCGGUUCAGAAACAAACCCGUGCUGGUCAGAGAACCCGGUUCAAGGCUUUUGUUGUGGUUGGUGAUAACAAUGGUCACGUUGGUCUUGGUGUGAAGUGUAGCAAAGAAGUAGCUACUGCAAUUCGUGGUGCUAUUAUCUUGGCUAAGCUGAGUGUUAUUCCAGUGAGAAGAGGUUAUUGGGGUAACAAGAUCGGAAAGCCACACACUGUUCCUUGUAAGGUUACUGGAAAGUGUGGUUCUGUUACUGUUCGUAUGGUUCCUGCUCCUCGUGGUUCUGGUAUUGUUGCUGCUAGAGUUCCUAAGAAGGUUUUGCAGUUUGCUGGUAUUGAUGAUGUUUUCACUUCCUCUAGGGGAUCCACCAAAACCCUUGGAAAUUUCGUCAAGGCCACUUUUGACUGUUUGAUGAAAACCUACGGUUUUCUGACACCCGAAUUCUGGAAGGAGACAAGGUUCUCCAAAUCUCCAUUCCAAGAGUAUACCGAUCUGUUGGCCAAGCCAACUGCAAAGGCUUUGAUCCUUGAGGAAGAAAGGGUGGAGGCUUGAAGUUGAAGUUUUAGUUUUGUUGGAUGAUCAUGGUGUGUUUUAAACAUCCUAGGAACUAGUAAUUAUAACUUUUGCUGCGUUUGUUGUUUCCUUCCAUACCGAAGGACAAUUUAUAGUUUCCUGCAUUUUGUUUUUCAACUUUGUUGUUUGGAUAUUUAUCUCAGUUUUGAUUACUAAAUUUUUCUUCCUUAUCCA